CAGUCGUUCAGCACCCAACCUCAACAACUAGUGGAAUUAUCAUACGUUCAGUUAUCGUCGUCGUCGUCGUCGGGAUUUUGGUGCAUGAUAACCACGUCAAGGACGAAAAAUCAAUCACGAUGAAGGGAAUGUCACUCAAGGACCUCAAAAAAUAUCCCUCGCUGAUCCCGUUGUUCGUCUGCUUUGGUGCUGGGGUACUUGUAUCAUCGGUUUACCUGACACGUUUGGCAGUGGCCAAUCCUGAUGUCACUUGGCAGCCGAAGAAGAAUCAGGAGCCGUGGCAGGCGUACAAGGACAAGGAGUACAAGUUAAUGCAGAUCGCAGACCCCAGUACGAUCGAGAAAGUCAAGAUUCCAGAAUAUUAAACGCUCACUCCAACGACAUUUAUCAUAGGAAAGUAGUGGGACAUCGUAAUUUGUUGGUGCAGACGUUGUCCUCGUCAAGAGAACGAUCUCCUUGUUAUUUAAACAAUAUCAAAGAACAAUCGAUCCUCCUCUUCUUUAUUUAAUGCGAAUAUAGUUGUAAGGGACAUGUGAUGUUUCCUGAUGGGAUAAUAAAGUGUAAAAAUCGUUCACAUUUUAUUUUCCAUUAAUAAAGUUAUGGUUAAUCGA